UCCUACCCUGAAGAAUGAAGCUAUUGGCUGGAGAGCACUUUGAAAAAGGAAAGUGCUGUGUUGAAAGCUAAGUAUUAGAGCUGCAGGGCUGGUAUCUGACCGUCACAGCCUGUCUGCUCCUAGCCUUGCUCACGGGGGCUUGUCUGCACAGUUCUUCCUGUGGCGGGCCCCGUUUCACCGCGCCAGGCCCUGUUCUCUCUUUCAGACUGAUGUGGACGUGCACCAUGGAAACGCCUCUGGAAAAGGCCUUGGCAACCUUAGUCUGCACCUUCCACAAGUAUUCGGGGAAGGAAGGCAGCAAGCUGACCCUGAGCAAGGGGGAACUGAAGGAGCUGGUGAAGAACGAGCUGGGGCUGGGGGACAGAAUGAAGGAGGGAGGCAUUGAGCAGCUCAUGAAAAGCCUAGACCGGAACAGCGACCAGGAAAUCGACUUCAAGGAAUACUCGGUUUUCCUGUCCACCUUGUGCAUGGCCUACAAUGACUUCUUCCGGGGAGGGAGCAAGUAGCUGGGGGGGAAGAAGGGGGCUGA